AUGCCUCCUGCAGAACAGAAGAAAAGACCUACGAUGGCAGUCACUUUGAUUGCUGGUGGAGGAGCGGGUCUCUGUGAGGCGCUCGCAUGCCACCCGUUGGAUACCAUCAAGGUGCGGAUGCAGCUGUCUCGGCGUAACCGUGCUCCAGGAGUAAAACGGAAAGGAUUCUUUGCUGUUGGGAAGGAUAUUGUCAAGAAGGAAACACCAUUAGGUCUUUACAAAGGUCUUGGAGCCGUUGUUACAGGAAUUGUGCCUAAAAUGGCCAUCCGGUUCUCGAGUUUCGAGUUCUACAAAAGUUUGGCCAAGAUUAAUCCCGAUACUGGCACUAUCUCGGCGAAGGCUGUGUUUCUCUCCGGUCUCAUGGCAGGAGCAACGGAAGCCGUCGCCGUUGUAACCCCCAUGGAGGUUGUUAAGAUCCGGUUACAAGCGCAACAUCACUCUAUGGCAGACCCUCUUGAUAUUCCAAAGUAUCGUAAUGCUGCACAUGCCGCUUACACCGUUGUCCGCGAGGAAGGGUUUCUCACACUUUACCGUGGAGUUACACUUACUGCAGUUAGGCAGGCAACUAAUCAGGCCGUGAACUUCACGGCCUACACAUACAUGAAGAAAUUUGCACAGGAAUUUCAACCCGACCUGAAAGAGCUGCCCAGUUACCAACAUCUGACCCGUCUUCAGCGGUCAACAGCCAUUCCGGGCGAGAGCGCGGCAUCAAGAAUUAUUGCCAUUUCGAAAGACAUGUUCAAACAUGAAGGAUUCCGGGCGUUUUACCAGGGAAUUACUCCUAGAAUCAUGCGGGUGGCCCCAGGACAGGCUGUGACAUUCAUGGUCUACGAGUUCAUUCGUGGUCAUAUUGAGAGGUGGCAGGCCCCCAAAGAGCAUGAAUAUUCGGAAUAA